CAACUAGCUAGUAUGAGGACUGAGCCACAGGAAGGCCUCGUCUGUGAGAUAGCACCAUUCCAGGUGGAUGUGUGGGCUUGAGGAAGCUCUGACGGACUGAGUGCUGAGCGGGGCUCAUGCAUCAGCCGGGAACUGGAUGGGCCGAUGGGCCUGUCCUAACCUUGAAUUCAAGGAGCUCCCAGCUGAGUGGGAUUUGAUCCUGCAUCUGGGAUGGCUUUGCAGGGCCCCUCCCCCUCCCCGUCUGUCAUCCUCCUGGCAGAAGAGGAACCUCAGUCAGUGUGGUUACACUGGUUCCUUAACAUUUCCUCAAGAAUGUCCCUUGCUAUUGGACAAAUGUCAGCCAAGCAGGAGCUCUGCUCUGCUAAAUGUCAUAGUGGUGUCAGGUGGUCCUGGGAGAGGCAAUGGGAAGGAGCAGGCUGUAGGGGAGUGUUGGGGACUGAAGAGAAGGGAGUUCCACACCCAGGGAGGACACGGAGGCCAAGAAGCAAAGGACACGGGAUUAGGGUGGACACGGCAACUGGAUACUAACUGUUGAGCAUUGGAACUGAGGAUUUUCAGCUGAUGAGGCGCUAGGAGGUUCAAACACCAUUGUGUCUGGGUCCUGGACUGGUGAUUUGGAGAGAGCUCUAACAGGACCUGGGUCUCCCUCGAGGGCAGGAUGGCCCAGGAUCUCAGUGAGAAGGAGCUGCUGAGGAUGGAGGUGGAGCAGCUGAAGAAGGAAGUGAAGAACCCACGUGAUCCGAUUUCCAAGACAGGAAAGGAAAUCAAGGAUUAUGUAGAGACCCAAGCAGGGACCGACCCUCUUCUCAAAGGCAUCCCAGAAGACAAGAAUCCCUUCAAGGAGAAAGGCACUUGUGUGAUAAGCUGAUGGCCCACCCUCACCACCGUCACCCUUUCUCGGUCCCUCCUUAGCCACUCCCAAGUGUAUUGGGAUACCUAGGGAUCAAUGUUUACUUCCUCUUAGACACAAAUAAAGAUGCUGAGAAAAACCAACAA